ACCUUCCUCAGGCGGCGAGAGAAAGAAGACAUCUCAUCCAAAAGUCGACACUUCUAAAAGUACAGAACUCCUUUAGUACUGCAUUGUACUCCAGUCUCUGAGUGGGACUUGAAGCCACAGCCUUGUGACUGAGUUGAGCGUUGCUACCAACUGAGCCACAGCUGACAACAAUAUAUAACUAGAAUCAAUUUGGAGAAGCAGCAGAAAGUUUCCCCUGACUACAACAUCUGGCAUGUUUAUCUGCUUUCUCUUCAAUUGAGUUUUCCUUUCAGAUUUAGAAAGCUACACACCUGGUUACACGUUGAAUUGUUAGAUUGCUGCAGAUUAAGUGACAACAGGUUACUGUUGAAGAGAUGGCGCUGCCAUUCAAAAAGGACCUGGAGAAGUACAAGGAUAUUGAUGAGGAUGAGCUUCUUGGCAAACUUAGCGAGGAAGAAUUGAAACAGUUGGAAACUGCCCUUGAGGAACUGGAUCCAGAGCAUUCACUGCUGCCAGCAGGCUAUCGUCAGAAGGACCAGACUCUCAAAACCCCAACAGGCCCCUUUGAUAGAGAUCAGCUUCUAGCAUUCUUAGAGAAGGAGGCAUUGGAGUAUAAGGACAGGGAGGAUUAUGUCCCUUUCACAGGGGAGAAAAAAGGAAAAUUAUGGAUACCCAAGCAGAAACCUGUGGAGCAGCGUGUGGAAGAGAAAGUGACACUGGAUCCAGAACUGGAAGAAGCCUUGACGAGUGCAACGGAUACAGAACUCUGUGACCUUGCAGCCAUUCUAGGGAUGCACACUUUGGUGAGCAACACACAUUACUUAGAUUCUGUUGGCAGUGGAAGCAAAGGCGGCUUAAACAAUGUUGUCAAAGGUGAAAAGGUUAAACCAGUUUUUGAUGAACCUCCCAACCCAACAAAUGUAGAAGAAAGUUUACAACGAAUAAAAGCCAAUGAUUCUGGACUUGUAGAGGUUAAUCUUAACAACAUAAAGAAUAUUCCAAUUCCAACGUUAAAAGACUUUGCAGAAGCCUUGAAAAAAAAUACUCACCUGAAGAAGUUUAGCCUGGCGGCGUCUCGGAGCAAUGACCCCAUUGCUUUUGCUUUUGCAGAUAUGCUGCGAGUUAAUAAGACACUUAGAAGUCUAAAUCUUGAGUCAAACUUCAUCACUGGUGUCGGUAUACAGGCAAUCAUUGAUGCACUGAAAGAGAAUGAAACCUUAAUGGAGAUCAAGAUUGAUAAUCAACGCCAACAGUUAGGUGCCACUGUUGAAAUGGAAAUAGCACAAAUGCUGGAGACAAACUGUUCAAUCUUGAAAUUUGGAUAUCAGUUCACGCAACAAGGACCACGAGCAAGGGCAGCUGCGGCCAUAACCAAGAAUAAUGAUAUAGUUCGCAAAAAGCGAGUCGAAAGAGAUGCAUACUAAUGGUAAUCUGGAGUCUGUGCCUGCCUGGUGCUGUAUUUCAUCCUAUGGAAGAUCCACUACAACGCAUUGGGCACGUUGCCAAGCCUAGCUCGAGGCUUUCUCGCAUUUGCUGUCUGGGUAGAAGGGAAAAGACUGGAAUUUAACCCCUCCACUGUUCUAGCAGUAACUGUAGUUUAAUAAUGACUUAUCCAUAGACAUCACACUUCUCGAUUUAAUUUUUCAGGGGACCUCAUCAAUAGCACCAAACUAUGUUGUAAUUUGAAAAUGUUAGAUAUUAAGAUAUCCAGGACAAGAAAAAUGUUUGACUUGAAAUUUGCACUGUGCCCAACGUCAAGUAUUUUUUAACCUUUUAUAUACUGUAAUGAAAAUCGUGCUAAAUUGUAGUGUGUUGUGCAGUUGUGUCAUUUUUGUACUGCACUUAAUGUUCCAGUGUAUCAGGACUAAGACAGAAAAGACUUAACCUUUUUUUAAAAAAGAAUUUUGUAUUAACUAAAAAAAAACUACUACGAAGUUUGUCUUGGGACUUAGGAUUAUUUUGCUGAUUUGGCCAUGCUGUACAGCACUGAACCAUGGCCAUGCAAGUAGCUGUUGCUCUUCUGCAUGCUCACUCUGUGGUGAGAGCAGUUCAAAUCAAGACUUGACACAGGGAUAUUUCUUCAGACUUUCUGCCAAAAAAGCCACUUGCAAUUCUUAAAUUCAUUUGUACUCCUUUUGCUGCAACUGCAUUUUAUUACCAAAUUGACUUGUAUUGAUGGAAAUUCUAUUGGAGUAAAGUAAUAAAACAUUUGCAGAUUAUGUUCUGGAAGGAAUAUGCUAGUUGGCAAUAGUUGUAACUAUUUAACCAAAGAUCUGCAAAUCUGGAUUCUUUGUAGUUUGUUCUCCUAAUGUAUUAAAUAAUGAAGCCUGCUGGCAUUUUCAGUUAAGCAUGUUGGAUUCUAUGGAGUGCUAGUAUUGGGAAAACAAAUCUGAAUGAUUGCUUACACCAAGUCCUAAUGAUUUAAAUAAAAAUCCAUACCAACCCACACUGUUAAAGCUGUGUACAGUAGUUUAAAAAUAUGUAACCCUUUUAUGUCCUCCUUCAUGAAGCUUUUAUCUGCGGAGUAUUUUAAGAGUUUGUCUACUUCACUUAUAUAGGAAAUUAUGUGGCAGCAUGACUAAUUGCAGGAAAUAUUCUGGAUACUAAAAAAUCCAUGCGCAUGCCAGUAUCUUGUGUAGUAUGCUUAAAUGACCAAAUUGUUGUGAAUGCUGUCCGAAAGUCCUAGGCUUGCGUGUUUGUGUGGUUAAGGUAUAUUAUGCCAACAUGAUGAAAAGCUAUGUCAGUGUUUAUAGGCCCAUGUAUGAUGUCUGUCCCAUCAAUUAAUACAUUGCAUUGAGUUAUUGGCUUUUUCAAACAUAAUAAAUAUUGUGGGAUCAUGUAAAGAAAUUGUUAUAAAUGCUCAACUGUUAACGGUUAAGCUUCUCCGUUAUGCUUGUUUAUUCAUAGUGGAAAUCCGAUUUGUGGUAAUAAAUACUCACAAAUUAAAAUUGGAUGUUGAAAGUAUUUAUAUAGCCUACCCUUAUAACUGAACUGAUAAAACACUCUUCACUAAAGGUGUUGGGUUGUUUUGUGUAGUAUUAAAUAAUAAUUGGUUACCAACCUAUUACGUAAAGUCUGUGUAAGAAUUAAUCUGUUGAAUGAGGGAAGUUUAUGUUAAAGUGCUGUGUAUAUUUAAAAUGUACAGCAUUCUACAUUUAAACCUGUGGGAAAAUAAAGUUUUUAGUACUUAAGUUCUCACCUUUCUCAUUUAAUUAUUUGAGUUUAAACUGGGAAUUUCAUCGGAAAUUUAAAUACAUUGCUAAUAUAGCAUUGACAUUAAUAAUUUGAUGUAGGAAUAUGUGCAUUAAAGUCUUGUAUCCAAUUUAUAUCACAUCGGUGACACUAUAACUGCAGCUGAUCUAAAAGUUAAUUUUUAUUGUACGAAACCAGUGAUAUCUGCUGUAUUGUCAUUUUGUGUUUCAUGAUGGUAAAGGCUGUGUAGUGUGCAUGCAUUUGAGAGUCUGUCACUAUCACCACAUGCUGCUUAGGUGGGCAAUAGGACUGAAUACUCCUGUAUAUAAUUCUCUUAGAACUGCACUGCUGAAAGUAUUGCCGUGUAAGAGUGAAUGCUGUGUCACUUCAUGGUGCAACAGACCACACACAGUUUUUGUGUGUGUGAGAUGACAAAGCUUUACCUGGAACAAAUUCUCUAGUGCUUUUACUGAUCCGAGAAAUGCCACAUCGCGUUCCCAAACAGCUACAUUUGAACUUGCUUAAAAGAUGGAAUUGAAAACGGGUUCAGUGUGAAAUACAAUGGUGCACUUUGUUUUUCCAUAGGGAGCAAGCGUUAUGCCUACGAGGCUUCAAUUUGUUAUAAAUUGGGCAUUGUGCUAAGAUACAAGGUACAGGAACACCCUUGGUGUAAGAUUUGGUCAGCAUGCAGCUAAGCAUCAAUUUUACAUGCAGCAAUUCAUUUGCCUCUGAACAGGUAAAGCCUUUCUGGUUGAGAUUUAAUUUGCAGAUUUAAUUCUCUUCCAUAGUUCACAGUUUUAUCUUGUAAACAACCUACUGCAAGCUAGGCAAUAAGCACUCAGCCCCUGAAAGGGCAGGCUUAUAUGUAAGUUCUGAUUUUACAUGUCCUGUUUCUUGCUGUCAUGUAUAUGAGUCUUCCUGAUUAGCAGCCAUUAAUGUGUUUCUCUACCUUGUAGUCAUUUUUUUCCUAAUAAAUACUUUAUUCAUAAAA